UAAGGCAAUGCUGUUAGUGUGACGUAUAAUCUAGUGGACGGAACGCUUCUUUCAGCAGCAGCAACAGUUAGUCCGCCACCUCGGUAGCUUGCUAGCCAAAAUAGCCGAACCCAUAAAGCUCUUUAGACGCUUUAGUGUAUAUUAGCCACGGUAUUUUAAACCCUUGUCUGUCGUCUAGUUAGUUAGUUAUCCUAUUUAAUUUCAUAUUUACGGUGUUGUUGUUAUUAUUCAGCUGGCGGGCUGGUUAAGUUAGCAUUAGCCUAGCUAGCUAACAUCUCCGACCAUGAGUUCACUAAAUGACUCUCUUCCUGCUGAAGAAGAGACGGUCUGUUGGACGGAGAAAGAAGCUCUCAUCAAAGAGGAGGAGGAAGAGAAGGAUGUUACAAUACAAAAACAAGUAGAGGGUGAGGUUGUUACCCUGAAAGAAGAAGAGAAAGACGUUUCAGUGAAAGAAGAGGAAGACGUUACAGUGAAAGAAGAGGGGUUCCGAGUGAAAGAGGAGGAAGGUGUUACAGUAAAAGAUGAGGAGGAUUCAGUUUUUGAAGUGAAAGCGGAGGAGGGGGAGAAUACGGUCUCAUCGGAAGAAGAGGAGGAAGAAACUGGAUAUCUGGGCCCGAUUUCCCAAACACAAUUUAAGGCAUCCAGUGGUUCUAAAGAUGAACUUAGCCAUAAGAUGGUUUUGAGAAACCGGGCCGUGAUUACCACUGGAAAGAGACGUGACUGUCCUGGAUCCUCUGGGGAGCCUCAACAACCUCAUGAUGCUGACGAGGCAGAGAAGAGUCUCUCCAGAUCAGAACACUUCAAGAAACACCAGCGGAGAUCCACAGGGAAGAAACCUCACUGCUGCUCUGACUGUGGGAAGAGAUUCACCUCAUCAGCAGGCAUUACAAUUCAUCAGAAAAUCCACACAGUAGAGAAACCUUAUAGCUGUCAAUGUGGGAAGAGUUUUACUCAUUCAACCAGCCUGAUAACACACCAGAGAACACACACAGGAGAGAAACCGUAUAGCUGUACUCAAUGUGGUAAGAGUUUUACUCAGCUAAGCAACCUUAUAUCACACCAGAGAACACACACAGGAGAGAAACCUUUUAGCUGUGGUCAAUGUGGGAAGAGUUUUGGUCAAUCUAGCACUCUGACUCUACACCAAAGAAUACACACAGGAGAGAAAUCUUAUAGCUGUACUCAAUGUGGGAAGAGUUUUACUACAUCUAGCACUCUGACUCUACACCAUAGAAUACACACAGGAGAGAAACCUUAUAGCUGUGAUCAAUGUGGGAAGAGAUUUACUACAUCUAGCUCUCUGACUUCACACCAUAGAAUACACACAGGAGAGAAACCUUAUAGCUGUGAUCAAUGUGGGAAGAGUUUUGCUGCAUCUAGCACUCUGACUCUACACCAUAGAAUACACACAGGAGAGAAACCUUAUAGCUGUGAUCAAUGUGGAAAGAGUUUUGGUCGAUCUGGCCAGCUGACAUCACACCAGAGAAUACACACAGGAGAGAAAUCUUAUAGCUGUGCUCAAUGUGGAAAGAGUUUUGGUCGAUCUGGCCAGCUGACAUCACACCAGAGAAUACACACAGGAGAUAAAUCUUAUACCUGUGGUCAAUGUGGGAAGAGUUUUACUACAUCUAGCAUUCUGACUGUACACCAGAGAACACACACAGGAGAUAAACCUUAUACCUGUGGUCAAUGUGGGAAGAGUUUUACUACAUCUAGCUCUCUGACUGUACACCAGAGAAUACACACGGGAGAGAAACCUCAUAGCUGUGAUCAAUGUGGGAAGAGGUACACUGAUAAAAGAUCUCUGAUUAAACAUCAGAAAAUACAUGGAGUUGUUUCAUGAUAUCAAUGAAAUAAUGUCACAAUGUAGAAUGUUUUAACAUUGUAGUAGGAGUAUUUUAAUGAUGUCACAAUGUAGAAUGUUUUAACAUUGUAGUAGGAGUAUUUUAAUGAUGUCACAAUGUAGAAUGUUUUAACAUUGUAGUAGGAGUAUUUUAAUGAUGUCACAAUGUAGAACCCUAAACGUUUGUCCCCUGUUCUAUUGAUUUCAACAUGAUAUGGAUAUUAGCCUCAGGGGGAAAAUCCAGGCUCUGAAUUGGAAGAGUACUAUUUAUGUGAUUUAACAAAAAGUGACUAACACAAAAAGAGCUGUGUUACACUUACCAUGUUGGUGACCCACUUGAAUCAAAAUGGAACACCUCAAAAUGUAGCGAUCUGUUUUCUACAAAUUGUCCUCUAACCAGUGAUGUACACAUUACUCCCAGAUUCCGUGUGGUUUUUCAGGUGUUAGUUUUAACAGGAAGUGCAACCUCAUCUCCCUGCUGUCGCACAAAUGAUUUUAGCAUGAUAUAGAUUAGUUAUGACAAAUAAGUGUUGCGUUCCUUUGUUUAGCGACCCCUAAAUUUAAAUGCAUCACUCCAAAAUGUAGCUGACUGUCUUCUGCAGGUUGUCCUCUAACCAGUGAGGUGAAAGAUAUCUCCCAUUUCCAUGUGUUUUUUUAGUUGUGUUAGUUUCAACAGCACGUACAACCUGAUUUCCCCCCUAAUCGAUAUCAGUGAUUUAUUGCUACUUGUCAAAACAACAGCGUUUUUGGUGCUUGUGCAGUUUAUAAGGAGCUUGUUUAAGUAAUAUGAUUAUUGUGGCCGAUGUUUGUGUAUAUUGUACAUUUUAUGUUUAUGUUUUCAAUUUAUCACAAAGUGUUUCUGCAUUUGGACACGUUUAAACUGUGACAUUGUGGCUAUGCCACCUAGUAAAAUGUUGUUGAAAAUAAGACUAUGCCAAACUAACAAUAUAGGUUUAGUUUUAGUUGAAAGUGAAAGUUGGGGGAAAAACAUUGAAUUUCAACAUACUUGCAGCCUAUACACAUUGACGCAGUAUAAUAAAUCGGUCUAUAAUCAAUUUUAUUAACAAUCCUAAUAAAUUGAGUCAUAAAUAUAGGAUAUAUUUGUUGUCUUAAGGGGGAAGUGUUACAGUCUUUGGUUUUCCAUUUAUGUUUGGAGGUUAGCAAGUAUGUCUCGUUAGCAUGUAGGACGCACUGAUUGGUGUCACCUCGUUAGUCAGAAUGUGUUACACCUGUGCUGGCUUGUCCAUCUCGUUAGUGGGAAGGUGUUUCACCUGAGCUGGUCCAGGUUCUAUUUAAGAGUGUCUGGCCCAGUGCUCCAGUUGUCUUGAUAGAUGUGGAGAGUCAACACCUUUAGUUGCUCCACCUUUUUGGUUUGCUUCCUGUCUUUAAGUUUGGUGUGGGUUUUUCUUUUGUUUUCCUCUUCUUGGGCAGAUUUAGUGGGUCUCAUGGUGGGUGUCUUUGAGGUCCCAGUUGUUGUUACUAAUCAACUUUCAUUGGACACCCCCAUAGUGACUUUCAGAGCCCAUCCUAAAAAACAAGCUUAUAUUUUGGGUUGGAUAUUUUAACAUUUUAAUCAAUGGCAUUUCCUUAGGAUGCUCAUUAGUCUUUAAGUUGUGAUUAUAAUUUUUUUAAUCCUCUUAUGUUUGUGUACUAAAUAUUUCAGUUUUUUUCCUGAGAAGUCAUUGUGUUGCAUCCAUGUCUGAAAUGUGCUGUAUAAAUAAAGCUUGAUUUGAUUUGAA